GUUUGUCGAGACUUCGACAAUGACGGAGGACCUGCUCAACAGGGAGAAGGAAUUUCAUCGGUUGAAUAGGCAGCUAGAUGAGGAGACGAAAGAGCUCAUGAAGGAGAUCGACAUCGUUGCCCAAUCCAACGAGUCCUUCGGUCCCUCUUUCACCUUUAAAUCCCGAUUUUCAUCUGCGUUCGAUGACUUCUACGCGGAGUAUCCACUUCAUAGUCGAACGAAUGAAAAAACCGAGGGACCGACGUUUCUUCCGGAUCCUAAUUCAGACUUGAUAUCAUCUCCGAGACCUGACCGGUCGAAGAACGAGGCAAUUGUAAAAAUUUUGCAGAAGAAAAUCGAGAUGUUAACGUCAGAGAAUCAUACCAUGAAGGAUGAAUUGAAGAAGCAAACGAAUUGCAUUAAGGAGUUGGAAGUGGAGAAUCAGAAGAUUUCUGCGAUGAGAGAUAAGCUAUACAAUCAGAACAACUUGCAGAAGGGGUCACUAGCAAAACUAGAGGCUCAGAUAAGUCAUCUUCAAACGAACGCGCACGAGCAGACGCAGGAGAACUCCUUUCUACAGAAGGAAAUUGAUGCUCUGAAGAAGGAGUGUAAAUCACUGAUCCAGCAGCUGCAUCAGCUGGACCUUCGUCACAGUAGAGCGCUGGAGGAAAACGAGAAACUUCGUAAUUCUGCCAGGUGCAGUAAAAUUGAGGAGAAGGAAUUGCGAAGUGAGAUGAAGAAAAUCAAGGACAAUGAGAUGAACAAUAUCAGGAAGGUACAGAAGCAAAAAGCCGAGGUGCUGCAAGCGUUCAAGAAGCAGAUUCUAUUACUGGACAAUCUGAAGAAGCAGAAGGCACUUCUGGAGGUGUCUAACCAAGUGCAGUUGACAGGGCAGGAUUUGUCAAAGAUAUUGAACUGGAAGGACUGGUGAUCAUAAUGGGCCACUGGGCUGAGUGGAGUGUAUCCGGACUUUGUCAAAAAUUUGACGACGAAAGGAAAAAAACCAACAAGACAAUUCCAAUUACAUCAGCAACAUAACAUCUUCAGCAUGCAGGUGUUUUUCAGUCAACUACUUAAGCCAAUGUGUAUAAAUAAAAUGAUUUUAAAUAGGUCGAGGGUAGAAACAUAGGCAGUAAAAAAUAUCAUGAUUUAU